CUCAGAACCGUAAUGAAAACGCUUUCCAACUGCACGUUGUUACGUUGGAAAGCAUUUAUUCUACAGCUUGCUUGUAGUCUUUCUACUUAUACAAUGGAGCUGCAAUAGUUUGUUGUGAACAUUCCAAGCGUGAACCAUUUACAACAACUAAUAGAAUUCUUAACUCAUUAACAUAUUUUGACAAUUUAACAUAUUCGCCAAGCCCCAUAUUGGUGUUAAGUUGGCCUCAGGAUAGCACCUAAAGAAGUUUGGUAUAAGAGUGCCCUAGUUCUGUUGAAUAUUUGAGGACUACCAUGAGGUUGACGAUCUUGUAGAGUUUUGCGCCUGCGAAAGUCAACAUGUUAGCCUUUGUUCGCUGGCUGCCCGCGAUCUCAUGCAGUCUACUGCUGACCAGUAUUGUCGUCUCAUACUCGUGCGCCGUGGCUCUAGGUCAGGUUCACCCGCUGUUCCCCAAGAUCAGUUUGACCGCCGCUUACGAGCCAGGUGGCUCUAUAUUCAGCCUCGUUCUCAUACUUGAUGUCAUAGCAACACUGCUGUUGAUAUCCCUGUAUCACGUACACGUCAGCACGAUUGCUAAAGAAGAAGGAUUGGUCGCAUGGCGGGCGUUAAACAAUGGUGCUCUCACUAGUGGUGUGCUUUUGCUAUUUGGUGUGUCAGCGGUCGCUACUUUCCGCUAUGCGUCACCGACGCACGCCGACCGAAGCCAGAUUUUACACUAUGUGGCAAGCAGCUUCAUCUACAUCGGCGGAUUUCCGUGUUUGGCCUUCAAUACCAUCUUGACAUACAAGAUCGCCCAUGUUGGACGCGCAUCGAAUGGAAUAUUUCUACUGCGCAUGUUCAUUUCAGUCAUCUAUAGUAUAUCGUCUUUAAGCUUUGUAGUUUUACAGACGUUUUGUCAUAACAAGUAUAACAGACAUGAUAACGUGGGCUUUGAGUCGCACUGGAAGAAGGGCGAAGAUGGCUAUGCGAUCCAUGUGGGAGGAGCUCUUCUCGAACUCGUCUCACUCUUAGCACUUGCGACUUACAUCAUCAGCUUUCACGGGGAUUUCAAGACGUUCAAAGUCGAUGUUAGCUAUUAUAGUUUGCUCAAUGAACGAGAUGAGGGCGACGAUAAGGAUAUUUAAAGAGCUCUUAUAAGCCACACCUUUGUCAUCGUUUCUCCAAAUAUCGGUAGACACAUUUUUGGGGAAAAUAUCUCAAAAUAUCCACCUGAAAAUAAAUUAUCGUAUUUCAUUUCCCCAUUCAGUUGAAAAUAUCGCGGCAGCUUCUCCAAAUCAGUAAAUGCUUUCCGCUUUGUUAUGAUGACAAAAUGGCGGCUAACAGACACUUUAUUAACCUUUGCGGGGCUAGAAAAGCUUUUGCAGGUGCGCUGUGUUGAAGGAUAUAACAUAAUUGCCGAGAACAAAAAUUAACUUGCUUAUAUCUCUUGCUUAUACAACUUCAGUGGAAGUCUAAGCGACCAGCUCCUGAGUGAUCACAAUUUUAAACCACCAACAAAGUUUUAAUUUGUUUUUUUUAAAAGAAUGUCCAUCAGCCACUCCCUAUUUUAAAUACAGCUAUUUAUUCCCAAGAAAACCCCAAAAUAAUUAUCUACGACAGUUGUCUGAUACGUUAUUGAUUAACGAUAUUUCAUUGAAUAUAUCGUGGUUACUCGUUUGAAUUAGCCGAUGGAAAUGGAUUCUUUGCGUCUCGUUGAGCGGGAGCUUAAAAUGGCGGCGUGAUUGGCUCUCGUAAACUGCCAGAUCUGUAACCAUCACAAUUUCAAGUCCCUAAGGAUGGUCGCUUACGAGAGCUUUUCUUGUAGUACUACUCAUAUCACGGGCGGAUGUAGCUUUUCGCUGGAUCGUUAGGAGCUUGGGUCAGUGACAUAGGGGGAAGGGGGCAUUAUUUUUUGUUACAUAUGGCUUUCUGGACAUUUCCCUGCGUUCUUGCUUACAUUUUGACCACCGAAAAACUUAAAAAUUUUAAUAAAUGUUCUAUUUUUUAUUUAGUUACGUUAUUAAAUUUCAUUUCUAUUUUUAUUUACGUGUUUCAUUUAUUGUGGAGGCUUGUGGUGACAUGGACUAAAUGAAAUAUUCAUCUUUUUGAAUGAUUUAUUCAUUCUUUUGAAACAUUUAUUAUUAUUUAAUAAUAAUUUAUAUAUUAUUAUUGUAUUAUCUUUUGAUUCAACAACGAAAUGGAGCCAUGUGCAUGGUAAAAUUGUGUAAAACUCUUCCCUGGGUAAUGUUAUUUUUGAAAUCAUAACCGGAAGUGGGGAAUCACUUUUGCCUUAGACACACCAGGUACGAAUUCAGGAAGAAUGGAAUCAACUCGAGUCAAGCUCCCUUGAUAGGGGGGUUGACCUCGAUAGAGUGACAGUGUGAAUAUGUGUAGUUUUCAUUUACAAAAUACUCAGUUAAUAAGAUUACCGGUGCAAACUGAUAUAACUAGGAAGACUACAGACAAACUGUACAAAAACUAGAUGGUCUGCGUAGACGUGGUGUAGACAAGUUAUAAAUCAACACGAGGUUGAAAAGGUAUAUUGAACAACUCUGUGAAACAGCGUUGUUGCGCUUUACGAUAACCCCUAAGCACGGCAUUUACCUCAGAAUCACAAAGCGUUAGUUAUUUGUCGAAUUUCAUGAACUAAAACAGGGUUUAAUUCUUGAGUCUCGCUUUGAUUAACACAUGUUCAAAUUAGCAUAAUGAAGAACGUAAUACAUGCUGGUAAUGUAACAUCCCCCUCUUUAUAAUGUUCAAGGAGCUUGGCAAACAUCAACAAUAAUAAAUUUCUAUUAUUAUA